CAUAGACAUGGCAUAGUAUAUAACUAGACACUUAUUUGAACCUUUCCUCCAAGCUAGUCUUCAAGACUAUAUCUUCUACCACUCCACUUCUUUUUCCCCUUAGCUUCUUUUUGUUUGAGAUUGGUUAGGUUUAUUCUUGAAUUCAUGAUGAUGGGAGCUAGAGAAUUAGUGAGGAAAUGGAUAGUGAUGUAUGUAGUGGUACUUCUAGGGUUGAAUUUAUGGGGAUAUUAUGGGGUAAAUGCACAGCAAGUGCCUUGUUAUUUUAUAUUUGGUGAUUCAUUAGUGGAUAAUGGGAACAACAACAAUAUCCAGUCUUUGGCUAGGGCUAAUUACUUGCCUUAUGGUAUUGAUUAUCCUGGUGGUCCUACUGGCAGGUUCUCCAAUGGCAGAACCACUGUCGAUGUCAUAGCUGAGCUUUUGGGGUUCGAGGAUUAUAUUCCACCAUAUGCAGAUGCAAGGGGUGAAGAUAUUCUCAAAGGUGUAAAUUAUGCAUCUGCUGCUGCUGGAAUUAGAGAUGAAACUGGCCAGCAAUUGGGAGCAAGGAUUCCCUUUGGUGGUCAGGUAAAUAAUUACAGGGACACAGUGCAACAAGUGGUGCAAAUAUUAGGAAAUGAAGAUUCUGCCGCCACUUAUUUGAGCAAGUGCGUUUACUCGAUUGGAUUGGGCAGCAAUGAUUAUCUCAAUAAUUAUUUCAUGCCCAUGUAUUAUUCCACUGGCAGACAAUACAAUCCUGAGCAAUAUGCUGAUAUUCUUAUUCAACAGUACACUCAGCACUUGAAAACUUUGUACGACUAUGGAGCAAGGAAGUUCGUCUUGAUUGGAGUGGGCCAAAUUGGUUGUAGCCCAAAUGCUCUUGCCCAAAACAGUGCUGAUGGCAGAACCUGUGCACAAAAUAUAAAUGCUGCAAACCAGCUAUUCAACAAUAGGUUAAGGGGUCUUGUAGAUGAGUUCAAUGGAAAUACACCAGAUGCCAAAUUCAUCUACAUUAAUGCUUAUGACAUCUUCCAAGAUUUAAUUGACAAUCCCUCUGCAUUUGGAUUUAGAGUGACGAAUGCUGGAUGUUGCGGAGUGGGAAGGAACAAUGGGCAAAUAACAUGUCUACCACUACAAAAUCCAUGCCCAAAUAGGGAUGAAUAUCUAUUUUGGGAUGCAUUUCAUCCAGGUGAAGCAGCAAAUACAAUUGUUGGGAGAAGAUCAUACAGAGCUGAAAGGUCAUCAGAUGCUUAUCCCUUUGAUAUUCAACAUUUAGCUCAACUCUGAAGAUAAGAGAUGAGGCUAAAUAAGAUCAAUCUGAAAUAUAUACAUAUAUAUUCUUGUGGAGUUUGUAUUAUUUAGUAUUGUCCUAUAAUGUAUUAUGGGUUAUUAAUUAAUUUUUAUGUUAUUUGAGAAAUGUUAUGGCU